AUGAAGACGAUCGGUACACUCCUCCUCGCCACUCUGGCCAGCCAGGCCUCGGCAGCGGUCCAGAUGGAAGUGCGAUUCAGCGACAGGAUGAUCGACGUCGGCAACCUCGACCUCUUCGCCGUAACGUGGCAAACCAUCUACGGAGAGACCGGCAACACCAGAGCCAUCAUGACGGACCGCUCCGCCGGCGCCCAGACCAACGAGUGCACGCACGCCGACGACUACGACCCGGACGUGACGGUGCGAGUCAAGAUGAACGGAGCCUGGGGGAAGACGCCAGGCCUCGAGGGCAACGAGAUGCGCGACGGCCUCGUCCAGUCCAUGUGGGAGGUUCUCAGCAGAGUCUCAGACCCUUACGGGUACGAGGUCUUCAACGGCUGCCGGGGACUGACGUGGAUGGAAAGCGUUGGGUACACGCCCGACGCGGCGUGUGGUCCCCAGAGUUCGAGAAAUUGUCAGUACGCGUGCCGCAGGGAGAACUCGCCCGGGUUGGCGCAGUGCAUGAACCAUACUUGGGGCCACAAGGUGCCGUCGUCGCUGCGGGUGACGGCGUACAUUGACGGUCAGCUGCAGCCUGAUGACUUGAUUAUUGAGUUUUCUGCUACUGCCAACUCGGAGAGCGGUGGAUGCGGCUGGGUUGGCAGUAUUGCUGGUGCUCUUGCUGGAUUCAUUCCUGUUGGAGGCAAGCUGUUUUCUAAGGGUAUCGAGAUCGGUUGUAGCGAUUGA